UUUAAAUUUCAAGAAAAGAUGACAUCUUUCCCGACAAGCUCACCACCCCACUUCUUGAAAUCGCCUCAACAUAUAUACGGUUCCAUCUUCUCGUGCAUACACAAGCGCCGUAAAGAGCUUGCACCAAGAUUUGAGAGGCCCAGAAAAGGAAAAAGAAAAGAAGGGUAAAGAAAUUUUGCACAAAGUUGCUGCUGAAGCAGCGAGUGUGUGAAGCGGCGUCACGAAGAUGACUAAGAUUUUCGUGCAUUUGCUGCUUCUUGUCGCCUUCUCGGCCAAUGCAGCUCUGGGAGCCACAAUCGUCAAGACUUUGCCCGGUUUUGAUGGUGAACUUCCCUUUAUGCUCGAAACUGGGUACAUCUCUGUUGAGGAUGCCGAGAUGUUCUACUACUUCAUUGAGACAGAGGGAAACCCUAAAGAAGACCCUCUUUUGCUCUGGUACAGUGGAGGCCCUGGUUGCUCUGCAUUUAAUGGCCUCAUCUUUGAAAAUGGUCCGUUACAAUUCAACAUCACCGAAUAUGAAGGAGGCGUGCCACAGCUGGAGUACUAUCCAUACAGUUGGACAAAGACAUCGAGCAUUUUGUUCGUUGAUGCACCAGUCGGUACUGGCUUCUCUUAUUCCACAACUGCCUCUGGUUGGUACGUCACAGACACGCAAACCGGCUGGCAAGUCUAUAAGUUCUUGAAGGAAUGGUUGAUUCAACACCCGCAGUAUUUGAAUAACCAAUUAUUUGUUGGUGUUGAUUCUUAUUCGGGCAUUUCUGGCAGUCUUGUAGUCAAACAUAUUAUGGAUGGCAACGAGGCCGGUGUUGUCCCACGCUUGAAUCUCAAGGGUUACAUUCUUGGAUGCCCACGCAUCGAUGCAGACAUUAACGAGAACUCAAAAAUUAUAUUUUCUCAUCGCAUUGGCCUCAUAAAUGAUGAGCUCUAUGAGACAUUGAAGGAGAGUUGCAAUGCUAGUUACGCCGACAUUGACGAAAGCACAUCCUCCCCUGAAUGCUAUGAGGCAUAUGAAUUUUAUGCUCGGCUUAUCAAAGACAUAAACAAAAACGACAUUUUGGAGCCUAAAUGCACCUGGGCAUCCCCUCAAUCCGGUGGAGAGCUCAGUUAUAGAUCUCUUGAAGAGAACCCCGAUAACUUCAUUCUCUCACCUCCCAAGAUCCCUGAAUUUUGGUGCCACAACUUCAACUAUGCCAUGUCCUACUGGUGGGCGAAUGAUCAAGGCGUUCAGGAAGCUCUCGGCGUGCGGCUGGGAAUAGUUGGAAACUGGGUAAGAUGCAACAAGUCACUGCAGUACACAAUGGAUGUGGACAGUGUCCUCGACGUUCACAAGAACCUCAGCUCUGCAGGAUUGCAAGUUCUCGUAUACAAUGGCGAUCACGACCUCACCAUCCCGAGCACGGGGACCCAACAGUGGAUCAAGGUGCUUAAUCUGACGAUUGUGAAUAAUUGGCGACCGUGGCUUGUCGAUGGCCAGAUCGCUGGCUAUACGAUCAAGUAUUCGGAGCACGGCUACAGAUUGACCUAUGCUAGUAUCAAGGGGGCCGGUCAUUCGCCUCAAGAGUACAAGCGGCGAGAGUGUUAUGAGAUGUUCCGAAGGUUCAUCCAUUACUAUCCGAUCUAACUCGCAACCAGAAGAUUGAGGAGCUAGCUCGAUUUCCAGUUUCGGAUUCUUUUUUCUUUGCUCGCAUAAAUUUUGUAUCCACAAACUCGGUGUAGUCAGUCCAAAUAAUGAAGGUUUUCAAUUGGGAAA